CGGCAUAGAAAAGGUGGAAGGAGGACGGUGGAAGGAGUAACAACUUUUCUCUCUUUCUCACCAACUUUACGAGGAAUUGUCGCCUUGGGUUUUGAAUGGCUGAAUGGACUUGAGUUUAUUCCACAUUACGCAGCUGGAUAUUAACCACCAUUUGUCAGUUUUGAGUUUUAGACUGCUCGUUUUGGGGACCUUUUCUCGCCCAUGGACUUAACGCGUUUUGGUUUAAUGUGAGAAAGAGAGGGAGAGAGCGAGAGAGAGAGAGAGUGAGGGGAAACGUGGAAGUAAGGCACAAUAUAAUCUGUUUUGGUUGACGUUGUAGCCAUGUCCAUGCUUCCGACGUUUGGUUUUACGCAGGAGCAAGUGGCUUGUGUCUGUGAGGUCCUCCAGCAAGGGGGGAACAUCGAGCGGCUGGGACGCUUCCUCUGGUCUCUCCCGGCCUGUGAGCACCUCCACAAAAACGAGAGCGUACUCAAAGCGAAAGCCGUGGUCGCCUUCCACCGGGGAAACUUCCGAGAGCUCUACAAGAUCUUGGAGAGCCACCAGUUUUCGCCGCACAACCACCCGAAGCUGCAGCAGCUGUGGCUCAAGGCGCACUACAUCGAGGCGGAGAAGCUGAGAGGCCGCCCGCUCGGCGCCGUGGGGAAGUACCGCGUCCGGAGAAAGUUCCCCCUGCCCCGCUCCAUUUGGGACGGAGAGGAGACCAGCUACUGCUUCAAAGAGAAGAGCAGAAGCGUCCUGCGGGAGUGGUACACCCACAACCCCUAUCCAUCCCCGCGGGAGAAAAGAGAGCUGGCCGAGGCCACAGGACUCACCACCACGCAGGUCAGCAACUGGUUCAAAAACCGACGGCAGAGAGACCGGGCAGCGGAGGCAAAAGAAAGAGAAAACAAUGAGAACUCCAACACCAAUAGUCACAACCCAUUGACUUCUUCCAUGAAUGGAAAUAAAACUAUAUUGGGUAGCUCGGACGACGACAAAACGCCCUCAGGGACACCGGAUCACACGUCUCCGAGCCCGGCUCUGCUCCUCGGCUCAAACUCCGGUUUACCGUCCCUGCACGGCCUUGCGCCCCCGCCGGGACCCAGCGCCAUCCCGGUCCCCAGCGGCGGAGACUCGGUGCACCAUCACCACUCAUUGCACCACGACACCAUACUGAACCCUAUGUCUUCUAAUCUGGUGGACCUUGGCUCUUAAAAAUCGGCACAGAAAGGGGGACGGAGAGCACCGUUUUUGGAGAAGUAAUUUUCUACAUGUGGAGGCGUGAGACAAGCUUCAAGCACUUGCGGCAAGGUGCAAGGCAGACAGACUGGAACAAUGCAGAAAAGAUCCAUCUCAACAAAUCGCUUUGCCUAGUUUUAUAUUCACUCUUAAAUUUUUUCUUUGACUUUUUUUGUAAGAAGUAGAGGAAAAAUCUGCCAGUGGGUGAGAUAAUUCCAGUUGUUUCCAAUUUAAAUCCCACAGAUUUCCCAGAAAGUGUUUGGGGGGUUUAAAAAAGGCAGAAUAAGACAGAUCCCCCAACUCGACUCAAAAAAGUUACAGCAAAACUCACGAGGCAUGUUUAUUCUCAUUCAAAACAAAACAAACAAACAACAAACCAUCUCAUCCCAUUCACAGAUUUUUCACUUUCAUUUGUUUCAAGAAAAAUAAGAUUUUAAGACUCAGUAGUAAAUAGACAUCACAUUCGAUUAAAUGAUUUGCUGAAAUGGAUUUUUUAAUGCAGUGUAUGUGGUGUAUGCA